GCAGCCAUGUUAUAACUUUUGAAACGCAGCCGCGGUAAAGAAGAAAAUUUAAUUUAUCUUUAUUUUGCCAAAACCGUCGGUUUUAUUUAAUAAAUUUGGAGCUAAAUUAAUGAGAUAAAAUGGAAGAAGAAGGGGAUGCUAUUUUGCUAGAAGAUAAUUACUAUCAGCUCUUAAAUGUGUCCAAAUCAGCGACUCCAGAAGAAAUCAACAGUGCCUACCGUCGAUUCUCGCGCAUGUUCCAUCCUGACAAGCAUAGUACCGACCCUACCAAACUAAAAUGGGCAGAACAAAUAUUUAAUAAGGUCAAGGAGGCUUACGAAGUCUUGUCUGAUCAGCAUAAAAGAGCCAUUUACGAUACUUUGGGAAAACGAGGCCUAGAAGUAGACGGAUGGGAGGUCAUAUUCAGAACACGUACUCCCCGAGAGAUAAGGGAAGAAUACGAAAGGUUAAAAAGAGAGAGAGAAGACCGCCGACUGCAGCAGAGUGCGAACCCGCGCGGCACCAUCACCCUCAAUAUCAAUGCUACGGACAUGUUCAUGAAAUACUACGAUGAGUAUGAUAUCUUGGAGGAACCGUCCAUAUUACCAACAAUAGAAGUUUCGGGAAUGACCAUCCAGCAGUCCAUAGAUGCGCCUAUAACCCUACGAGAUACUAUGACGCUGUCUGGGAAUAUUUCUACACAGAAUGGAAUAGGAACCGGAGCAGUCAAUUUAUCGAACCGUCACCUUAGUUCUGAAAAGGGUUGGACUGAGGUCGAACUAGGUAUCGGCAAUGGGCCCCUGUUAGGUUUCAAACUGUUCAGGACGUUGUCCCGACUUAUGUUCCUGAAUUGUGGAACUGUACUGCAGUUUACGCCAAGAGGGGUCUCGCCGAGUUUUAUUUCUACAAUGGCACUUCAACUAGACGCCCACUCCGUUGGCUACCUAACCUACCGCGCCGGCGCACAAGGCGGCUCGUCUAUGACGACAACCUACGUACGCGACUCGGAGCGCUUCCACACCAACACGGCGGCGCAGCUCGGCUCGCCCCACUCGUUCCUGUCCUUCAGCCUCAUGUACAAGAUGCCGCAGCAGGAUAUGAAGCUGCGCCUCGCGCUCAAAGCCGGCACGUUCGGUGCGAUAGUGGAGUACGGCGCGGAGAAGAAGGUGUCCCAGCACAGCAACAUAUCGGCGGCGGUGAUGGUCGGCGUGCCCACCGGCGUCAUGCUCAAACUCAAAUGGACAUGUGCAUCACAAACCAUCGUUCUCCCCAUCCAUCUCUGCGAGGAGGUGAUGCCCUCCCCCGUGUUCUACGCGACGGUGGUGCCGCUGGUGUCGUGGCUGGUGCUGAAGAAACUCAUUCUGGAGCCGAUCAAACGAGAGCGGGUGGACCGCGAGCGGCAGCGGUCUAUGGAGGCUAACUUUGAACGAAUACAAGAGAUGCAGCGACAAGCGUUGGCUACAAUAGAGUUAAUGAGGGAAACACAUUCUAGAAUCAAAAGUGACGAAGAAAAGAAGAAAGGGCUCGUAAUUCUGAAGGCACUUUAUGGAAAAUUACCUCAAGGCGCGACAAGUCACGACAUGUCGUCAGAGACAGUCGGCGACGGCAGCCCGCCGCUGUCGCCCGGCGGCCCGUGCGAGGUCAUCGACGUGACCAUCCCCGUGCAGUGUCUCGUCAAGGACUCCAGGCUCGAGCUGCUUGAGGCUAGCAAGUCGGAGCUGCCAGGCUUCUACGACCCGUGCAUGGGCGACGAGAAACACCUGAGCAUCAGCUACAUGUUCCACAACAGCCUACACUCGUGCACGGUGGCUGACACCCAGCCGCUGAUCCUGCCCAGGAAUAAUCACCGAGUCAAAAACAGAUCCUGAAAGAGAAGACCAAGCGCCCAGCGACCCCGCUGCGGCGCUAGCUAGUGCAGGACACUGCUGACUUCUCAACACCAACAUAGACUACGCAAUACGCAUACGCUUACUACAUCUGCAGUGAAGACUGCGACAAAAUCCAGAAAAAUAUACGUAUCUGAUGUCAGCCUUCCUUGCCCACAUUCCAAUUGUUACGUGUUCUGUUCACUGUAGCUGUCAAUGUUAAUACAACUCUAUGUUACAUGGUGCAAUACGUUUACAAUAUGGCAAGACAGUUUAGGUAUGUCUUUUAAACUAAAAGUUUGUUUUAAUAUCACAAAAUCGUUAUUUGAAUGUUAAUCGUUGAAACCAUAUUUAGCAGGUGUUUAACACUAUUAAAUUACACAAAUACUUGUUUAAUUAUAUUUUGGCUUAUGGUCGUGGUGCCCGUGAAACUUCUAGUCGCCAAAUAAAUAGGCUUAGUUUAUGCUAUAAAAUGUAAGUACUAUCGAGGAAUAAAAUCAUGCAUUCUAAUUUCAAAUCUAAACUAAAACUAUCCCAUGCACAACUCGUGCAUGCCUGUGUGUGUAGAGAACACGAGAGCGAGAGAUUAUUAUAAUGUUUAGUAGAUUACAUUGCAGGCAUUCUCAGCAUUCUUUAUAAUAUUUGCGUAACUUUUGAAGCUACGUAGGUACUCUACUCGCUCUAAUCAAUGUGUCAAGUAUCCUUUACAUAGUAGAAGCAUAGACAAAUUGUCUAUGGUAGAAUUAAACGAUAGAUAAGUUGAAGUUUGACGGGCUGAGGCGUAUCAUAAAUUUGGCUGUAUGUGCACUAGCAAACGUAAGGAAUUGAUACUGCAAUAACUUGUUAAAUAUAUUAUAUUGUAUUGUUGAUCAGUUUUGAAUAGAUUGUAGACAUGUUUUUAUUAUUGUUAACAGUUAAAUUUAACCAAAAUAUAGUAUUACUUACCACGAUGUGUUGUGGUUAGUUAACAAAACUUUGCAACUUAAAAUAUUCAGUGGCAAUAUUAUACAUAUUAGUGUUACGUAUUCUGUGACGAUAAAUUAAAAACCGAGAGAUUAAAAUAUAUUUUGUAGUAUCUAUUUUGAAACAUAGUAGGUGCCUUUUGAACACAGUUGUAAAUGAUGUAAUAGCGAUUCCUACAUAACUGUAGUACUUAUAAAUUUUAAUGUUUAUUUUGGUCCAGCUAAUAAAUCGGUACAGAUAUUUUAUUAGGGUUCUUUGUGGAAAUAGAUGAGUGGAAAUAUGCAAAAGGGUUCAGAAAGGCGAUGCAAAGCUUGCGCGGAAAAGUUAUUUAAAUUUAAAAGAGAUAUUUUACGUACUUAUACACGUAAUACUUAUGUGCAUUUUGCGUACAGAUAGUUUUGUGUUGGGCAUUUAAAUAGAUAUUUGAUGUGUAUUAAAUUUCAAAUAUAAACUACUUAAAACCAAAAAGUAAGUAUAAUGUGAUUUAUUAUGUUAGUUACAUUUAAAAGGUACUCAAUGUUCUUAUCUGUAUUAGUUUGAAUUUCAGAUGGGACAGUAAGUCCCGACUAAAAUAGUAAAC